AAACCGUUCGUUAUUCUUACUCGACAAACUGUUUGCAUGUGUAAACACCGAGGCUAUCUUGCGGUACUUACCCUAAUUCACCUGCCAUUUCUCUAUCAGGUGUUUGGUAAUUAGAUCAUUAGCCUCAGAAAGCAUUACGUAUUUCCAAUUUGAGGUAUGUGUAUAAUUGUGGAGUAACAAAUCUGAAGGCAUGGCCACAAUGUGUUGGGACUAUGGAGCAGGGGUGUGUGUGGAGAGUGAAACGCUACCUUUGUUUGUGGGUUUGUCUGGGCGGGUAAUUGAUCCAGAUAAUCAACAAUAGACUGACGUCAGCGCUCUGGGAAAGACGCCCGUAAUCUCGAUCAGCUGUGUCAUUAAUCGGCAGUAAACCCUCGCGUCUAUGCGAACAGGUGGAAUCGGUUGUCGCUGUUUUUCUGGCCGUUCCCAGAGUCUGUUAUUUACAUGUCCUGGAGCCGAGAAGGCGGGACAGAAAAAGGUAGCCGCUUCAGGGAGCAAGAGGUUCAAUCUUGAAGACCAGACCCAGCACAAACAUUACUAUAACUAAGUAUGGUCCUGAACAAAGGAGAAAUGGACGGCACAGCAAAUGGUGCUCCUAACAGUGAGGAGAUGGAGAUAGAGGAGGAGCUUGGUCCAGAGGAGGAGGAGGAGGGAGAGGUGGAGGCUCAGGAGGAACUCCCCACAGCUCUACAUGUGGUCAAUGUACCAGAUGAGCUGUUUGGGGACCUAGCUGUCAGGAACGCGUUCGAGGGUCUCUUUAUGGCCUACAGCGACAGAGCGUCUUUCUCGUACCUGAAGAGCUUUCGGCGAGCGAGAGUUUACUUCCCGACGUCGGACGAGGCAGCGAGAGCGAGAGUCGAGCUGCAUCUCAAGGAAUUCAUGGAGAAGGAGCUAAAGGUGUACUUUGUGCAGAUGGAGCCGUCCAGCAGAGACAGAGACCCCCACCUGCGCCCCCCCACCCCAGAGAAACAGUUCCUCAUCUCUCCGCCAGCCUCACCGCCCGUCGACUGGGAACCAAUCACUGAGCAGCACCACGUGAACUAUGACCUCCUCACAGCACUGGCACAGCUGUCACCAGGUGAGCCACACGAGUUGAUCCCUGCCGAGGGCGACAAGCCGAGCAUCGUGAUCCACGUGUGUGAGGACACGCCCGAGCAGCGCGCCAUGGGCCUGGAGAAACCUCGCAUCGUGCAGACCAGGAGACCCGACAUCUCCGAGUCAUGAGCACGUACAGAAAAACUGCCUCCAACUACUGCUGGAGGACAGGAAAGGGUUUACAAGAAACUCUACAAGGACUGGUAAAGCAGGGAAAUGUGCAAAGUACAUGCUUCUUGUACCCCUUCAACAGCCUCUCGACCUGUCCUCCAAAACAUGUGCCAGAAGUCCUGUGGAAAGAUCUGUAAAAUUUCUUGAUCGUUCACUGCAACAUGCUUGGCUUGGCAUCACAGUACUGCUCACAGUGCAGACGUUGUAAGAACAUAACAAUGUACAGAUGAACAGCAAGUAUAUGUUACAACUGUGUACUUAGGGCCAAGGCUUUAAUACAGAGGAGCGUAGGCUUAGAAAAUACAACUGUAGAAAAGAUAUCCACCAAGUAGUCAGUGGCUUAUUUAUUGUUGAGGACUUUGUUUUAUUGAGAAUGAACUUUCCGUAGCUAGGAAACAGCGGUGUGGAGCAAUUACGGUAUUCAUCCACCAGGGAUGGAAGUUCGUUUGGCGGAUAGUUACACUGGAAUACCUACCCUGAAACUUUAGUCGCACAAAAAAUGAUGGUUGCACAUUGGACAUGAAUGAAGUAAGAUGUAACUACAAACCUCACUGCCUCUCUUCUGAGCUUGAAUCUAAAAUUCUGUAGCUAACGUCAAAAUUUUAAACAAGUGAUUUAACAAAGGUUUUAUUAUUUUCUGACACUUGUGUAUAGGCCAUAUACAAGUGUUCAUUAUUAUACACCAAUGUAUAGAAGCAACCUCAGUCAAAAAUGGAAUGCACAGCUCCAAGUUUGGGACGGGGUACCAAAAAAA